AUGGGCUUUACUAGAAGGUCGCGGCGCAAGGCUGCAGGCAGCAACGAGGGCGCAAGGGGCAGAUCCAGAGGCCGCUCUCGUACCCGCCGCGAGCACCCUCAGGGUCGAAAUCAGUCGAACCCCAAGAAGUAUGGUUAUCUCAACGGCAUGAAAAACGACAGUGAAGAUGAAGCCCAGAGCAAUAAGCAGUUAGUGUUGCAUGCCCAGCGUUCAGUCCCGCGUCAAGCACAGCCAGAAGCAUUCUGCUCCCGUUUCAUCAACCCAGCAGACAUCCCUGCAGUCACAGACGAUGAAGACAACGAAGUCUCUUCUCUCUCCGAAUACGAGUCGCUAGAGAGCACCGAAGACUGGGAGCACCUCGUACCUCAAACCCCCACCGCAAACCAGUCCCCCUCGUAUCCGUUCCCGGGAACCUGGUCCGCGGCUCUCCAAGACUCCAACCACGCCAUGACCAAAGUCAGCAGCGCAACCCUCUCGUACGUCGGCGCCCUCGCCACCUCGGGCAUGAGCAAAGCCACGCGGAGCAUCAGCGCCGCCGCCCUCUCCACCACCAACAAGUACGCUGCCUCCCUCACCAGCUGGGGCCUCGCCAAGUCGGGUUUCGGCCGCAACGAACUCCCCGCCCCAAUCUGCAAGUGGCUCACCAAGAAAGAAGAGGCCGACAAGAAAAAGAGCAAGGCACGCAUCAAGAGUGAGAUGUCCCAGCGCGAGUUCACCGAUGCGAGGGGCAGGUAUGUGCUUGAUAUGCAUGAUACUGAUGCUGCAGGCGAUUUCGUACGCAAGGAUAAGAAUCUGUCAAAAACCAAGGAAGCUGAGGCUGGAGAAGAGACCGGUUGGGGCGAGCAGGAGAUGAGGGGCGGUGGUCCUUUUGAUGAUCGGUUCGCUGUUGCUGAUACUGACGAGAGUGACAGCGAGGAGGAGGAGGACGCGGGAGAAGAUGAUGGUCUGGUCAGGAUGUUUGAGUUUGAUGACUGA